AUGGCUCAACUCAGAUGGAUUCAAGGGUUUUUAUUAAUCAUCCUGCAGCUCAAAGUCGCUGUAGAUCUAACAUCUGUUUUAAAGAGAGCUAGAGAUGAAGUCACAUUGAAAUGUUCAACAGUGAUCGAUGGUCAACAGAAGUGUAGCAGCACUACAUGGAUCUUCACUGGUUCAGGAUACAGAGCAUCAGUAGAGCUGGUUGACUUCGGUCAGAUUAAUAAUGACAUCACUAAAGCAGACAGACUGAGUCUAACAGCAGACUGUUCUCUGGUUAUAAAGAAGGUCAGAGAGGAAGAUGCUGGACGUUAUUACUGUCAACAAUGGGAAUAUAGAGGAGCAGACAGACCAGUUCAUCAGUCUGCUGUAGAUCUGUCUGUUCUUAACAUCACUGCAGAUCAAACAUCUGUUUUAAAGAGAGCUGGAGAUGAAGUCACAUUGAAAUGUUCAACAGUGAUCGAUGGUCAACAGAAGUGUAACAGCACUACAUGGAUCUUCACUGAUUCAGGAAACAGAGCAUCAGUAGAGCUGGUUACCCUCGGUCAGAUUAAUAAUGACAUCACUAAAGCAGACAGACUGAGUCUAACAGCAGACUGUUCUCUGGUUAUAAAGAAGGUCAGAGAGGAAGAUGCUGGACGUUAUUACUGUGAACAAUGGAAAUUUAGAGGAGCACACGAACCAGUUAAUGAGUCUGCUGUAGAUCUGUCUGUUCUUAACAUAAUUAAACAGGAGAACCAGAGGGUGACAUUAAGCUGCUCUGUGGUGACCUUUGACCUCUGUAGAUACAAAGUGAAGUGGUUUAAUCAGGAUGUGGACAACAAAGAACCACCAUCAGAGACUGGCUGCUCUGCUACUGUCUCUUUAUCAUCAGGGUUUGAGUUCCCUCAGUGUAAAGUGACUGAUACUGUUACUGAUGAAGAGUUUACCUUCAGUCUUCAGUCCUCAGAAAAAUCAGGAGGAAAAGUUCAACCCACAAACAAACCUGGAAACAAAAGCUCAAAGACAACCAGACCAGAAACCGAAAAUAUCUCACCAACCUUUCAAGAAAUAUCAGGAGGAAACGUUCAACCAACAAACAAACCUGGAAACACAAACUCAAAGACAACCAGACCAGAAACAGAAAAUAUCUCACCAACCUUUCAAGAAAUAUCAGGAGGAAAAGUUCAACCAACAAACAAACCUGGAAACAAAAACUCAAAGACAACCAGACCAGAAACCAAAAAUAUCUCACCAACCUUUCAAGCCACUCCAGGAAACAAGGACCCAAAGCAAACAGUUGGGAGCAGGAGAACUUCUGUCACAUCAAAUCAAGGAGGGAAGGUUCAAACAGCAAAGAAACCUGGAAGCAAACAGUUUACAACAACCCAACCAGGAACAGUCAAUACUCCACCAACUUUACAACAAAGUUUAUGGCGUAUCAUCAUCGUCUCUGUGGGUUUAGCAGCACUUUCUAUAACGGUUGUGAGCUUCAGCGUUUGGACCAGAACUAACCACAGGGAUCAAGGAUAA